UGUAUCAUCUCUUGAAAGUCGGCCUGCAUCCAGUCUAGACUCGGAGCGCGGGGCACCCUCCGAGGCUGAUGUGAGCAUCAGCGCCACGGGUGGCGCAAGCUCCUUGGUCCAGAGCAAUGCGGUAGGAAGCUUUGCCAGGGGAGCCGGGAUGACGGAAUUGAUCUCUCCGGAUAGGUUCUGUCGCCUCUGGACCGAUUCGUCUUUUCCGAAUGCACCUUAUGUCUACUUGAACUCUUUGAGAGUGAUUGUGAUAGUCACCGACAAGCGCGCUGUGCGGUUGUCCGCAUCUAUCAUGUUCUUGAUGAUCGCCGAUCACCGACAAUGGGAGCGCCGGUUCCGCCCCGAUACCAAAAAGGGAAGACAUCCGAGGUCGGCCUGCUCGUGGCGGCAUUCUUGUUUGGGGCCUCAGUUGCCGUCGCUGUCUAUGACUCGGCCAAGGCCGGGCGCCAGUCGUAUCGGUCAUGGCACCGAAGACACCGGGCAAACGCCUACAUCGUGAUGCUCUGGGCCGUUAUCUCAAUGUGUAUGGUGGCGGCCUUGUGCUGCUGGCUGUAUCUGCUCGGCAAGAUCCAGCCAAGUAUUCAUUUCUUCGUCCUCAUGCUGGUGACCUGGGUCAUCCAGAUUCAAUGUCUGAUGCAAAUCCUGGCCAACCGACUCUCUCUCAUUCUCUACAACCCGGAAAAGGCACGGCGCCUGAAGUUGGGCUUGUUCAUCGCCAUCGGCCUCAUCAACAUCAGCGUCUUUGUCAUAUGGGUGCCGGCACGGCUCCGGAUCAGCGAGACGUGGAUCCGCAUUAAUGUAAUCUGGGACCGCAUGGAAAAAGCCAUCUUUGCCGUCAUCGACAUGGGCCUCAACGGCUACUUCAUGUGGCUCGUCAAGUCUAAGCUAGUGGCCGGCGGACUGAAGCAGUACAACCUCGUCUACAGGUACAACCUGGUAAUGUCGUGCUUGUCAGUCUCGCUCGACGUCAUGCUCAUCGGGCUCAUGUCCCUCCGCGACGACGCAGUCUAUGUCCAAGCGCACCCCCUCGUCUGCCUGACCAAGCUCAACAUCGAAAUGAACAUGGCCGAGCUUCUCGGCAAGGUGGUCAAGAAGUCAACCGAGCAGCGGGCGUCCGUCUCGCUGCCGCUGGCGGACGUCUGUCAGCCACAGCUCGGAAUCGACACCUUUGACCGCCAGUGGCUGGGCAGCGCCAAGAACGUCAUCGUGCCUUCGGGGAGUCGCGGCAGUAGUCGUGGGAGCAACAGCGGCGGCGGCGGCUGCGGAGGAGGGCAGAUGCACGAGCUCAACAUGGAUAUUUUGAAUGAGUCAGGUCGUACACAGGCCGAGGAGGUGACGCGGAAUGAUUCAGGUCGUAGACAUGUCGAGGAGGCGACGGGGUCGACUUCGAAGACGCCAAAAGGUGUGAACACUGUGGAGAGGCGUCAGUGGCAGGCGCCUACGAUUCGCCCUCGCUCAUCCACUAAAGGCCCACUUGACGAUGACGGGCCCCUCGCAUCACCGCUCUCUGCCGAUCACGCUCAGCAAACCCUCUCCCUCCGAAGCCAACCACGAAGCCCUAGCCCGAGGUCACUCAUGAAGCCCCGAUCCCCCGCCCACUCUCCGGCCCCGACCGGCAAGCGAUCCUUCACCCCCGGCAUAGCCCCAGCACGGCACGGCCCGAAGGACUUCUCGUACCUCCUCCGCCCCGAAAUCUACCACGACCUGACCCCGCUCAACAACCCGCCCUCUUUCCGCAACCCUCCCAACCAGCUGUCCAAGGACACCCCAAUCCCUGACCUCCUAUCGCAGGGCUACUUCCGCGCCGCCGCCAUCGCUGCAGCCCACCGCCUCACAAGCGGCGCCCUGGAUCCGACAGACCACGCUCAAAUCUUCGACCUACUUUACACCCGCUUAGCCUGCCUAACCCUCCUCGACGCGACCGCCCUCGCCGCGCAGGAGGUCAAAGCCCUGGGCGACCUGCACUCGGCCUUCUACUACUCCUCCUCCCCCGCUGCCCAGCAACUCCCCGAGGACACCAUCAUCACCAGUGCCGUAAGCACUACCACUACCAUUACUGCUAUUGCCACGGCAAAUCCAACGCACCUCGUCCCUUGGCCCCUCCGCGUCCUCGCCGUCCGCCUCCAAGCCCUCGGCUUCAGCGACCCGCGCCGCGCCGUCAUGAGCUACUACGACCUGGCGCGCGAGGCGAGGGUGCGAUUGGGCGAGGCAAAGGCCGCGCACGACCACUCGGCUAUGGAGCUGUGGAAGGAGCGGUUGGCGGAUCUCGGCGUACGGGUCGCUGGGGCGCUGGUUGAGAUGGAUGAUUUGACGGGGGCGGUGGAGCAUUUGGAAACGUUGAGGAAGGAGAAGGAGGAAGGAUCUGUUGGCGCGGGGAUGGGGAGGAUCCGAAUGGCGUUGCUGUAUCUGCAUCUUGGGGAUGUCUCUGCUGCGAGGGGAUGUGUGGGUGCUGGAGAUGGGGUGGAGGAUGGAGUGCAGGAGAGGGUGGUGACGGCGCUGUGUGAUAUGGCGGAUGGCGACUUUGAAGCUGCGCUGGGGAAGUGGGCCGAGCUGAAGGAGAAGGUGGAUGACGAGAUGGUUGGGGUCAAUAUGGCGGUUUGUCUGCUGUACGUGGGGAGGAUGCAGGAGGGCAGGGCGUUGCUCGAGCAGCUUGUCGACUCUGGUCGAUCAUCGCACACAUUGUUGUUCAAUCUGACGACAAUGUACGAGCUUUGCACUGACAGGUCGCGGGCCCUCAAAGUGAAGCUAUCAGAGAGGGUGGCCGCCAGGGAGAACCGGGAUGAUGGCUGGGAGAAGUCAAAUGCGGAUUUUAAGCUGUAGUGAGCACAGCAGGGCCGAACAAUAGGGAUCAGGCCCAGUGAAAUCGGGCAUUAGAUGUGGCGGCAUUGUUUCUCUACCAGCCAACUGGUGGCGAUUUCGCUUUUCGUCCUACUCAAGGUGAACCGGCUGCCUUCUUCUAUUUCCCAUCCCAGCCGGGAACUGUAAUUUCUCCAUCACCCGCCAACAACUCUCAUUCCACCUCUCCCACUAGAUCAUCUCUUCUAGGUAACGUAUAUUAUCGGGAAAUGUAUAACAAGUCAGAUU